AUGGAUCCCGAACUUGGCAGCGCCUACGCUAGCAGCGCUGCGCCUAGCCCCAGACGAGCCUCAUCCAGACGGGGCGCUCGCACACCGCGUUCGGGACGGAGCACUCCAGCGAGGAGUGUCAGGCGUCCUGUGCAGCCCAAAGACGAGCUAGAUAUCGGAGAGAUCGACAAGGCUCGUCGACCAGAUCAUCGGCCCGCCGAGCCAGUGCUCCGUCCGCCCAAACAUGCUUCGCCCCACCUUCGACGCCUUGCAGGCAGUCGCAAACAGGCACAGUCAAGAGGCAACCGUGCCCCGACCGCGCUAGCGCUAUCUAGCCGCACGCCACCUCCGUCACCGGCUAGGGUGUUACUGAGGAAGGCACAGAAGGUCGUCGAGGCGGACGCAGCAAUGUUUGGGAAGCGCCCGACCAUAAUGGAUGUGAUACUCAACGCGAGAGCACCGGUGACCGCAUACAGCGAGGACAUUGUCAUGGAAGCCUUGGAACGCAGCGAAGCCGCAUUUCCAGCGAUGCAUGACUUUGAUUUCGAUGACAGCGAUGGAGUGGAGCAGUACUGGGCGGUCCAGGCCAUGAUGUGGCGAGGGCACGACGAAGACGACUCGGAACCACGACCUCCGGACUGGAACAGAUACCAAGAGUCAGCAGAGCGGUCUACGGCAUCGUGGCCGUCGGGUGCAGAAGAAGACGCGUCGUCGCAGUCCGACGCGCAGUCAUCGUACGCGUAUGGACCACCCGUAUCACCGGGUGGUCUUGCUACCUGCAACAGGACACCUCGUCACGGUGUCCACGAGGCUGACAUGUCUCCACCGGCAUUGCGUCCAUCGGAUGGAUGCUCUUACCCAGACAUUGUCCAUGUAGACUGCGGAUCAUGA